AUGAAACAAUCAGGUAUUUCACAGUUCUUUCAACCCAUUGCAAAGACUGAUGUCUUUAAUCAACAACAACAACUGUUUCAAAGCAAAUUCAAUAAUAAUAAUAAUACAACACAGAAUUCUCAAAACAAUGACAAUAGUCAACAAUCUGUAGGCGACGAUGAUGAUUUUGAUAAUGCAAAACAACAACAACAAACACCCUCUCUAUCACUAUCACAACAACCAAAACAACAAACACCCUCUCUAUCUCUAUCACAACAACCAAAACCAACAUCACUAUCACAACCAUCAACAACAAAAUUGACAUUGACACCAACUAAAAAAAAGGAACCAGCAACCGUUAAACCAACAUUGACACCAACAAAGAAAAGAGCAACUAGUUCAACUAAAAGAAAGACAAUGGAUGAAGAUGAUGAUGACGACUAUAAUAAUAAUGACGACGACGACCAAGAUUAUAUACCAGAUGAUGAAGAGGAAGAAGAAGAAGAAUAUAAUAGUAAAUCAAAGAAAACACCAUCAACACCAAAGAAAAAAGCUGGAUCAUCUACUUCUUCUGUUUCAUCACAAUCAACACCAAAGAAAAAAGUUGGAUCAUCCAACAAUAUAAACAAAGAAGAGAGAUUCGAAUUCUUGGUCAAUUUAAAAGAUGAAAAUCAAAUACCAUUUGGACACGAGGGGUAUGACCCAAGAACUCUUUACAUCCCACCAGUUAAACUCAGCACAUUCACUCCAUUUGAGAGACAAUUCUGGGAGAUCAAGAUGAAAAACUAUGACACUGUAGUCUUUUUUAAAAAGGGCAAGUUUUAUGAACUCUAUGAAAACGAUGCCGAUAUUGGAAAUGAAAAGUUUGGUCUAAAGAUGACCGAUCGUGUCAAUAUGCGUAUGGUGGGUGUCCCCGAGGCAUCGUUUACUACAUGGGCUGCAAAGUUUAUCGAUCAAGGUUACAAGGUUGCCAAGGUCGAUCAGAUGGAGUCUAGUUAUGGCAUGGCAAAGCGACAAAAGCAGGAUGGUGGCUCGGCCGACAAGACAAAGAGUAUCAUCCAGCGUCAACUCGUGUCCGUGUUGACACUUGGCACACUUGUCGAUGAGAAUCUACUCACCGAACAGACUGCAUCCUAUUUGAUGGCCAUCAAAGAAGACGAUUACAACAAAAUACUGGCCGUCUGCUUUGUCGACACUUCUGUCGGUCUCUUUUACACCACCUCGUUCAAGGAUGACGAGAAUCGAACACAACUCGAAACGAUCCUCCUCCAAACCAUGCCCAAAGAGAUCAUUGUCGAAAAGACGGGCUACUCCAACACUACCAUGCAAUUGAUCAAACGUAUAUUGUCGCGACAACGUCAUAUCAUCAACCAACGUACACCACUCGAGUAUUGGGCACCCGAUCAAAUCCAAGGUGCCAUCAAAGCCAACCAAGGUCUACCAAUCCCAGCAGAGAUUGUCAACGACGAGAUGAUGAUGUCUGCCGUUGGUGCCUGUCUCUCUUAUCUCUUUGACAUCAAGAUUGGUGAGGAUAUGGUCAAACAGGCUAGAUACGAACAAUACAAUUCACAGGCAAGUGGUGGUAGUGGAGGUGCUCUUGUGCUCGACGGUCAAUGUCUCAUCAAUCUCGAGAUAUUCAACAAUACGACCGAUGGAGGUAAAGAGGGAAGCCUCUACAAGGUGUUGGAUCGUUGCCAAACCGGUUUUGGAAAACGUUUGCUCCGUCAAUGGGUGUGUCGUCCACUCGCCGAUAUUCAUCGUAUCAAUGACCGUUUGGACGCAGUUGACGCACUUGGCAACAACUCUGAUAUCUUUGCCUCACUCGCAGGCAUGUUUAACAAAAUGCCCGACAUUGAAAGAACCAUCUCUCGUAUCCACGCUCGUUCAUCAAACGUGGCAAGUCUCACAUCGGUUCUCAACACUCUGGAAACUUGUCAACAAAUCAUUUCAGACAUUGACUAUAAAUCAAAUACAGAACUAUCCAAAUCAAAACUACUUGCCAAUUAUCUAAUGGUUGCCGAAGAUCAAGAUGAAGACAUUGAAAUGAAAAAGGACAAUGAUGGUUAUGAUGAUGAUGACGACAACAAAAACCAAAGCGAUCUUGUUAGAAAUAAUGUUGGAUUCCCAAAUCUAAAGAAAAAGAUUAAAUUUAUUAGAGAUAGUUUUAGUUUUGAUUCUGCUACACAGUCACUUACACCAAAACCAGGUCGCUUUAAAGACUAUGAUGCUGGUCAAAUAGAGGUUGAUAGCAUCGAAAAAAAGUUGGAUGAGUAUCUGGAAGAACAAAGAAAAUUUUUCAAGACUAGUGGUAUAGUCUACAAACACAUGGGCAAAGAAAUCUAUCAGCUCGAGAUCCCAGUAUCGGUUCUUAACCGUGUCAAGAUCACCCAAGAAUACUCACUAAAGAGUGAUUCCAAGACAUUCAAACGUUUCCACACACCCUAUAUCGAACAAAAGAGCAAGGAUCUUUUGGCAGCUCGUGACUAUCUCGAGGUGACACGUAAAACGGUAUUUGUUCAAAUUCAAGAGUUGUUUAAUCAAUUCCAUCUCGAUUGGCAACAAGCAGUACAAUGUCUGGCUCAUAUCGAUUGUCUAAUGUCAUUGACCCGUGUGUCUCACCAAUCGACCUACCCAAUGUGCAGACCCCAUUUCAUAGAGACCCAAGACGACGAACCAUGUCUAAGUGUUUUGGAAAUGCGUCAUCCAGCAAUCUCUAUCAAGGGUGGUGCCGAUUUCAUCCCCAAUGACCUUCAACUCGGUGGUCUCGGCACUGAAAUCAGCUCUACCGGCGUCAAGAACAACUCACACCCUGGUAAACCAUCGGUCAUGGUGUUGACUGGUCCAAACAUGGGUGGUAAGAGUACCCUCCUCAGACAAGCAUGUAUCUUGGUCAUCAUGGCACAAAUGGGUUGCCACGUACCCGCAACAUCUUGUAGAAUGACCGUCUUUGAUAGAAUCUUUACCAGACUGGGAGCCAACGACGAUAUUAUGGCAGGCAAUUCUACUUUUAUGACAGAACUUCGUGAAACAUCUUCUGUAUUGAGAUAUGCCACCAAAAGAUCACUCGUCAUCAUGGACGAACUUGGUAGAGGUACCUCUACCUUUGAUGGCUAUUCCAUUGCCUACUCGGUACUCAAAUACAUUGCAGAAACCAUCAAAAGCACUUGCAUCUUUGCAACUCACUAUCAAUCAUUGGCCAACGAGCCUGGUAUUCGUGAUACGAUCGCCACUUCCCACAUGUCUUGCCACGUAGAUGACACUGCUAAAAAGGUUAUCUUUCUCUACAAACUCUGUGAUGGUAUUUGUCCAGACUCUUAUGGUCUUCAUGUUGGUGCCAUGGCUGGUAUCCCUCUUCAAGUCAUUCAAGUUGCCGAACAAAAAGCAAGACAAUUCGAAAAGGAAUCUACCAUUUCCUCCUAUGUUCAUGGUACCAUUCAUAGAAAAGAAGCAAUUAGAAAACUAAAGGAAGCAGCAGCCAACAAGGAUUUAAAUACCAUUACCGAAAUUUGGAAAUCUUUUAAACUUUAA